GACAAACACACCUUCGACUCGGAACGCGCUGACCCGCCGCCGCGCGCCGCCACCUCUGAGCCGCCGUCCGAAGUGUCUUCUCUGUCGUCGUUCGCGUCGGAGUCCGAGUCGUUGUCGCCUCUCGUUGUCGUCAAACGCGAGUCCGUUGUCCGCCGUCUUGACGUUCGUCACGCCUUGCGAACGGCGAACGGAAAGUUCCACAACCCGUGGUCCCUCUCCUGGGAGGCGCCCUCUCUCGCGCGCAAUCUCCUGCGUCUCGGGCGCUCCGCUCACCUCCCGUCGCGCGCAGAACUCGACCGCCUUCUCCCCGUUUUGGAACCGGACUUCGCGUCCACUGCGCCGCCGCCCGACUCGACGGCCAUCACGUGGUUGGGCCACUCGACGGUCCUCGUGCGGAUGGACGGCGUGUCGGUGCUGACCGACCCAAUGUUCUCCGACCGCGCCUCCCCCUCGCAAGCCGUUGGACCCAAACGCUACCGGCGCGCCCCCUGCAGUGUCCACGACCUGCCGCCCGAUCUCGACGCUGUGGUCAUCUCUCACGCCCACUACGACCACUUGGACAGGAACUCCGUUCUCGUGCUGAACGCGCGCUUCGGCGCUGAUCUCCGAUUCUUUGUUCCGCAAGGAUUGGGCCAAUGGAUGCGCGCUCUGGGCGUCGAGAACGUCGUCGAACUCGAGUGGUGGCAGGAGAGUCACGUGCCCGACAAGAGCGACGUGUCCUUCGUCUUCCUGCCGGCCAGUCACUGGAGUCGGCGCACUCUCAACGACGACAAUCGCGUGCUGUGGGGCGGGUGGGCAGUCGUGGGGCCGACGCAGCGCUUCUUCUUCGCGGGCGACACCGGCUAUUGCGACGCCUUCCGCCAAAUCGGACGCCUUUACGGCCCCUUCAGCGCCGCCGCCAUUCCCAUCGGCGCGUAUGAGCCGCGAUCGCUUCUCCGCUGCCACGCCGUCGCCCCCGAAGAGGCCGUCGAAAUCCACGAAGACAUCGGUUCCGCCUUUUCGCUGGCCAUUCAUUGGGGAACAUUCGCGCUGACGGACGAACACUAUCUCGAGCCUCCGCGCAGACUCCGGGACGCCCUCGCGAGCGCACGACUUCCGGCCGAGUCGUUCGUAGCGUUCCUUCCGGGAGAAACUCGAGUCGUGUCGAGCGGCGGUCGAGUCGUGCGCUCGAGCUCUCAGCGACUCAAAGGUUUUGAAUAAAAAGCUUUUAUUUACAAACUGUUGA